CACAAAUGUAAAUUAAAACUCCACCAAAUAAUAAUGCGAGCGCGCGCGAGCUUUACAAAAGAAUUCUGUGUUUUUCUUCAUCUCAUCAUGGGAAAGCAAAAGAAAGGAUCUGCAUCACAGAAUGUACAGGCUUCGAAAACUGCUUCCCGGAGCCAGCCAAAUGCCAACACAGGAAAGCCCAAGGGCUCGGACAGCGAUUCGGUAUCUGUGAAGCAGGAGCCCCUCGACUGGAAAAAGCUCAAUCCCAAAACUGAGCAUUACGAAUUUGGAGGACCCUUCGGCGCCUUUGCCAUGAUUACGCUACUGCCAGUACUGGUUCUCGCUUUUGCUUUUGGCUGCGACAGUACCGGCUAUGACCCGCUCCACCGACUUUAUGCAUUCGCUUCCGAUAUAGUGCAAGGCAAUUUCUCGUGGGAAAUGCUGAGCUCCUUAGCUGCCAGCUGGAAGCCUUCGUCUUUACUAUGGUUCCUAGGUUUUUUGGCCCAAAUCAUCACAUACUCUAUCGCAAUGCCUGGCGAAACUGUCCAAGGAACCAAAUUGCGCGACGGAACCCGUCUCACGUACAAGCUGAAUGCUCUUUCGGCCGCACAAACCGGUUUUAUGAUCUCAAUGCUCUCUCAUAAGUCGCAAGGACUCUACGCUCCCUUGUGGGUCUACCAUAACUUCCCGCAUCUGGCAGUUGCUUCACUAAUUGUGGCGUUUGCUGUAUCCAUUGGUGUUUAUGUCGCCAGCUUUAUCGGCAAACCUCGUCUCUUGGCAUUGGGCGGUAACACAGGAAAUCCCAUUUAUGAUUUCAUGAUUGGACGCGAGCUAAACCCACGUAUUGGUAAUUUCGAUCUCAAGUUUUUCACCGAACUGCGUCCUGGUCUUCUUGGAUGGUUGGUGAUAGAUAUCUGCAUGGCAUUCAAGCAGUAUGCUACAUUGAACAGGGUCACCAACAGUAUGAUCCUAGUAGUAGCAUUCCAAGCUAUCUACGUCCUGGAUGCGCUUUAUAACGAGGUUUCGAUCCUUACUACGAUGGAUAUCACCACAGAUGGUUUUGGAUUUAUGCUCGCCUUUGGUAACUUGUGCUGGGUACCCAUGAUGUACAGUCUUCAGGCCCGUUACCUUGCCGAUUUCCCCGUAGAUCUUCCUAUCAUCAGCGUUAUUGCCAUCGUGGGAAUCGAAGUUUUGGGCCUUUACAUUUUCCGUUCUGCUAAUAGCGAAAAGGACAAAUUCCGAACGAAUCCAAACGAUCCAAGUGUGAAAGACUUGAAGUAUAUUGAAACAAAAGCCGGCUCUCGUCUUAUUACUUCUGGAUGGUGGGGUAAGGCACGUCAUAUCAAUUACUUGGGCGAUUGGCUCAUGUCAAUAGCCUGGUGUCUGCCCUGCGGUUUCAACUCUGUCAUUCCUUAUUUCUACUGCAUCUAUUUUGCAAUCUUGCUGAUCCAUCGCGAGCGUCGUGAUGAUGAUAAGUGCAGAAAGAAGUAUGGAGAGGACUGGGAAAAGUACUGUUCGACUGUAAAGUACAGAAUCAUCCCUGGCAUCUAUUAGUUGCCAUAGUAGUGCCAAUAGACGUACUUUAGUAAAAUUAAAUGUAAUAUUUAUAAUAAGAG